AUGCCUCUUAAUGUCAUAAUUUUGGUUGGUCUUCCUGGUUCCGGAAAAUCAACAUUCUCGCAAGCAUUGAUCAAUCAGCGAUCAGAUGACAUGGGAUCGCGAAAAGCCUGUGAAAAUUCUAUGCGAACUUGUCUUAAAUCUAAUUACAAUGUAAUUGUUGAUCGAUGUAAUUUUGAUGUUAGUCAAAGAGAGACUUGGUUGAAAAUCGCAAAACAGUACGAUGCUUCAGUUUACUGUGUUGUCCUUACUGCCUCUUCAGAUGAAUGCAGUAACCGAAUUUCCUAUCGUGUGAACCAUCCAACUGGUGUAGAAGGCAAGAACGGUAUAGCAAUUCUUCGCCGUUUUAUGAAGAACUAUCAACCUCCAACCAGUGCAUCACCCGAAGGAUUUCAGCGCCUUAUUUAUUUAAGUCCAAGUCCCGCUACCGUUUGUUCCCAAGAGAGAGUUGAUCGUGUAUUGAGAGACUUAGGGAUCCUUGAACCUGUCAAUCCAGUUGUGACUCCUGAAGAAGUGUCAAAUAAUGUUGCACAGAUUGGCAUAAAGAGAGACCAAGGAGAAGAAUCCAAAGAAACAGAUUCAAGCCAAGAUUUUAAAGAGACAAAUGUAAACGAAAAAGAACCCACCGAGACAAGUGGAAAUCAAGGAGAGCAAGUAGUAUAG